UAAUUUACUAUGUUUGUAGGGACUUGUAUGCAUUUAACCUUGAUAGAAAUACACCCUUCUUUGUAUCCACACCAAGUCCAAGUCUAAGUCCUCUCUCUUUUAUGUCUCUCUCUCCUUUAGUAUAACCACAUCUAGCUAGUCAACAGUUUGUGAGUCUCCAAACCAAAAGAUCCAAACCAAGAAGCAGAAGCAGCAGCAGCAGAAGCAGGAAGAGCAGGCACCAUGGCCAGGUCUUCUAGUUCUCUCCUUGCUCUCUUCUCUCUCCUCCUCCUCUUCCUUUCACCCUCCCUCGCCGCUGAUCCCGACAUGCUCCAAGACAUCUGCGUCGCCGAUCUCACCUCCACCGUGAAAGUGAAUGGAUUCGUGUGCAAGGCGGACGUGACGGCGGACGACUUCUUCUUCAAGGGGCUGGCGACGCCGGGGGCCACCAACAACACCUACGGCUCUCUGGUAACGGCCGCCAAUGUCGAGAAGAUCCCGGGCCUCAACACACUGGGUGUGUCCAUGUCGCGCGUCGACAUCGCCCCGGGGGGCCUCAACCCUCCCCACACUCACCCGCGCGCCACCGAGAUCGUGUUCGUCCUCGAAGGCACGCUCGACGUCGGAUUCAUCACCACCGCCAACAAGUUCGUUGCUAAGACCAUCUCCGCGGGGGACGUGUUCGUGUUCCCGCGCGGCCUCGUCCACUUCCAGAAGAACAAUGGCAACAAGCCAGCAUCUGCGAUCGCGGCGUUCAAUAGCCAGUUGCCGGGGACGCAGUCCAUCGCGCUCACGCUCUUCACAGCCACGCCGCCCGUGCCGGACAACGUGCUCACCAAGGCCUUCCAGAUCGGCACCAAGGAGGCCGAGAAGAUCAAAUCCCGCCUUGCGCCAAAAAAAUAAACAUAUGAAUAAGCAUGACAUAACCUAGUGCAUUGGAAAACUGAUUUGUUUAAUUUGUGUUUGCUUCUUAUGAUCACUUGUCCCACAAUCUAUUUUUCUUUCCCAUGGGCAUUUUGUUUUUGUUAUGUUUAAUGUGUAUUAAUGAUCAAUUGGUGCCUGUUUAACUUUUUCUUCUCAAUUUAACUUCUUGAUUUGAAUCAUUUGGUAAUAAUUAUGUUUCUGUAACUCCCACCAGCUUAAUGAUUUCUCACCUUUCAUU